AUGGUUCAGCCAGGGACGUCACAGUCCUCCUGGGUGGACUUCAUCAAACACCCUUUCGUGGGCACCUUCACCUUUUUCUAUCUCCUGUUUCAAGCGGUUCUCAACUGGUUCUUUGCUCCUGCCCCUCCGCCACCCGCUUCACUCGUCAAUGGCCUUCCCAAGAAGCGAGUGGCUGUCAUUGGUGCUGGGUUAACGGGCGUGUCCGCCGCAGCUCACUGUGUUGGUCAUGGAUUCGACGUGCAGAUCUUCGAGGCGCGUUCCAAGGCGAAGGGAUUGGGCGGUAUCUGGAGUAGGGUGAACUCCACGUCCUCCUUGCAGAUUCAUAGUAUCAUGUACCGAUUCCAUCCGUCGGUGAAAUACGAUAAUGCGUAUCCGACGCAGGGAGAGAUUCGUGAGCAAAUUGUAGACGUGUGGAAGCGCUAUGGCCUGCAGAAACAUACGGCAUUCGAAACCCCCGUGACCUCCGUGAAGCAGGCCAAGGAUGGCAAAUGGAUUAUCAAUGAUGACGAAGAGAAAUACGGCCGCUUUGAUGGCGUGGUGGCAUCGGUAGGUGUCUGUGGAGACCCGAAGAUGCCGCCGUUGCCCGACCAGGAGCAGUUUAAAGGUAAUAUCUAUCACUCGUCGGAACUGGAUGGCAAGGAUGUCGAAGGGAAAAAGGUGCUCAUCAUCGGCGGCGGUGCCAGCGCCAUUGAGGCCCUGGAGUUUGCGGUUCAGUCAAAAGCGGCGGAAAUCGAUGUCCUGUCGCGGUCGGAUAAGUGGAUCAUCCCCCGGAACGUGCUGGUGCAGUCCUUGUUGGCGUUGAACAUCUUUGGAAUGGAGACAUCCUUUUCGUGGAUCCCGGAAUGGUUCCUGCACAAGUUCUUCUAUCGGGAUUUGCAGGAUAUUGCACCCUCGGGCGGCCUUUUCACGACAACGCCGAUGGCGAACUCGGAGCUCUUCGACAAGAUUCGGGAGGGUAAGGCGCGAUGGCUGCGCGGCGAUAUUGUCUCCGUGAAGGAGAACGGGAUCCUUUUCAAUCGCCGCGCCAGAAAGGUGCCCAAGGGCGGUCCGGGCCAUGAGUCGGUCGUCACGGGAGAUGUUAUUAUCAUGGCGACCGGCUUUAAGCGUCCGUCACUAUCCUUCUUGCCUGACGAUGCGUUCGAAGAGCCGUAUACUCCACCUAGCUGGUAUUUGCAGGUGUUUCCCCCGAAGUACCCCGAGAUUUGCGCCAACAAUAGCACUUAUGUGGACGCUAUUGGAACCGUGGGCAAUAUGCAUAUUGGCAUCUACACGCGCUUUUUGCUCAUGUUCUUGACGGAUCCCUUGACGCAACCCACGGAGGGUCGCAUGAAGACUUGGAUCGACUUCACCCGCUUUGUGAAACAACAUUCCCCGACCAACGCAUUCGACUUCUUCACGUACUCCGAAUUGAUCUACUGGUUUGUGUUUGUGAUCCUGGUCAACCCAUUCCGGUGGAAGUGGGCACCGUUCGUGCUGUUCGGUGUUGGCCGAGCGCUCCCAAUGGGGGUGGUCAGGCAAGAAGAGUCGUUCCGCAAGCAGUUGAAGCAACAGCGCUAA